UUGUUUGUAUCCGGGCUAAUCGGGUUAGCUUCCUACGGAGCUGCGUUUCAGAAACUCUUUGACGUAAGGAUGCUGUCCUUGUCUCGAGCAGUGGUGUGUGGGGUGGUUCGUGCCCCAGCUGCUGUUUGCCAAGGCGGUGUGACCACUAUCACCAGGUUCAACAGCACAGCAGAGAGUGCUCCUAAGAAAACAAAAUUUGGGCCGCUGGCAGAUGAGGACAGAAUUUUCACAAACCUUUAUGGUCGUCAUGACUGGAGGCUGAAAGGGGCGCUGAAACGAGGUGACUGGUACAAAACCAAGGAGAUUCUUUUGAAGGGGGUCGACUGGAUUCUGAAUGAGAUCAAGAUUUCUGGUCUGCGUGGGAGAGGGGGAGCAGGUUUCCCUACUGGCAUGAAGUGGAGUUUUAUGAACAAGCCCAGCGAUGGUCGUCCAAAGUAUUUGGUGGUGAAUGCAGACGAGGGAGAGCCAGGCACCUGCAAGGAUAGAGAGAUCAUGCGGCACGACCCUCACAAGCUGGUGGAGGGCUGCCUGGUCGCUGGAAGGGCCAUGGGGGCGCGUGCUGCUUAUAUCUACAUCAGAGGAGAGUUCUACAACGAGUCAUCUAACCUGCAGGUGGCCAUAAAUGAAGCCUAUGUUGCUGGGUUGAUUGGUAAAAAUGCAUGCGGCUCUGGUUACGAUUUUGACGUGUUUGUAAUGCGUGGUGCUGGAGCGUACAUCUGUGGAGAAGAAACCGCUCUUAUUGAGUCUCUGGAGGGAAAACAGGGGAAGCCCCGCUUGAAGCCUCCCUUUCCUGCAGACGUUGGUGUGUUUGGUUGCCCAACAACUGUUGCCAACGUGGAGACGGUGUCCGUGGCGCCCAGCAUCUGCCGGCGUGGAGGCACCUGGUUUGCGAGCUUUGGCAGAGAAAGAAAUUCCGGCACAAAACUCUUCAACAUUUCUGGCCACGUUAACCACCCUUGCACUGUAGAGGAGGAGAUGUCGAUUCCUCUGAAAGAGCUCGUUGAGAGACACGCAGGUGGCGUGCGUGGAGGCUGGGAUAACCUGCUGGCUGUUAUUCCCGGAGGAUCCUCAACUCCCCUCAUCCCUAAGAGUGUGUGUGAAGAUGUGCCGAUGGACUUCGAUGGCCUCAUCCAAGCUCAAACUGGGCUCGGCACAGCUGCUCUUAUUGUCAUGGACAAAUCUACCGAUAUUAUCAAAGCCAUUGCCCGCCUGUUGGAGUUCUACAAGCACGAGAGUUGUGGCCAGUGCACACCAUGCAGAGAGGGAGUGGACUGGAUGAAUAAGAUGAUGUGGCGUUUUGUUAGCGGUGAUGCUCGGCCAUCAGAGAUCGACAUGAUUUGGGAGAUCAGUAAGCAGGUUGAGGGGCACACUAUCUGUGCUCUGGGUGAUGGUGCUGCAUGGCCCGUGCAGGGAUUGGUCAGACACUUCAGACCUUUGAUGGAAAGCAGAAUUGCUGAAUACCAACAGCAGCAGCAGCAGCAAGCCAGGGCUUAAAUCCCUCUUUCAUCUUAUUUCUUGAACUCUUGGUCGUCCUAAUCUACCCCUAAGCCAGAGCUUUGCUCUUCAAAAAUUAUUUAAACUAAAGAUAAUGUGACAUCUUGACACCUUCUUGUCGAGCUUUGAGUUACGUCUGCCUUGUUGGAUUAAAGUAUCAUUAAAGUUCUAUUACAUUAAAUCACGUUUGAAUUUAA